CAGCUGCACUUGGACACACUUUCACGCUGGACGUCGGCGUGUUAGGCACCGCUACUAUCUUCCCUCCCUCGUCAUCCGAGCCUUACGACACGCUGUCGCUCCAUCUGGACCGCGCAACGCUGCAUCAGCAAUUAACAAACUUGGAGCUACCCCCCAACCCUCUCCCCAUCACCUCACUAUUACUGCUGUACUUCUUAAAUGUCUUAUUGUGAGAGCGUGUAGUCAAAAGAAGAAAAGGAUCCUCUGGGGUUUUGCCUCGUGCCGGGCUUGAAGGCAAUUAAGUCAGGUCAACUCUAGUCCGCCUCAUUUGGGACGACGCACUUUAACAGGGAUGGAGUGCCUCAAGUUUUGCAUUGUGUUUUCCUACUGGAUGUGGUGUGCAAAAGCGGUCAUGCCUACAGACACACCACAGGGUCUUGCGCCUAUUCCCAACGAAAAUUUGCUUGUGCUAACCGUGGCAACAGAAGAAACUGAUGGCUUUGUCCGCUUCAUGCAAUCGGCAAACUAUUUCAACUACACUGUGAAGGUGUUGGGAAUGGGAGAACAAUGGAAGGGCGGUGAUGUUGGACGCUCUAUCGGUGGAGGACAAAAGGUCAGACUACUGAAGGAGGCCAUGGGAGGUCUAGCUGACCAGGAUGACCUCGUGGUCCUCUUUGUAGAUAGCUACGAUCUUAUCUUUGCCGGGGGACCAGAGGAGAUUCUCAGGAAGUUCCAGCAAGCCAAUCACAAAGUCAUUUUUGCUGCAGAGGGAGUGAUAUGGCCAGAUAAGCGAUUGGCUGACAAGUACCCGUUGGUUCGCAGUGGCAAGCGCUACCUCAGCUCAGGAGGAAUAAUUGGCUAUGCCUCAUACAUCAACCGAAUAGUUUCGCAGUGGAACCUUCAUGACAAUGAUGAUGACCAACUCUUCUACACGAAAAUAUUUGUGGAUCCACUACAAAGAGACACUCUCAACAUGACGCUAGACCACAAGUGCCAGAUUUUCCAGAACCUGCACGGGGCAAUCGACGAAGUGCUUCUCAAAUUUGGAACCAACCGUGUGAGAGUGAGAAACACGGCGUACGAUUCUCUGCCAGUGGUUGUCCAUGGCAACGGGAACACCAAAAUCUACUUGAACUACUUGGCCAACUACGUGCCCAACACAUGGAACUAUGAACACGGCUGCAGCCACUGUGACGAUGAUGUCGUGGAUAUUUCUCAGUUGAAAGAGUACCCCAAUGUCCUCCUCGGAGUCUUCAUUGAGCACCCGACGCCAUUUCUCUCUGAGUUCUUCCAACGUUUGAUGACGUUGGAUUAUCCCAAAGAUAAACUCAAGGUCUUUGUCCACAAUCAUGAGGUUUACCACGAAAGGCACAUGCAGACGUUUUGGGAGGAACACCGGAACGUGUUCAGCAGCUUAAAGGUCGUUGGACCGGAAGAAAAUCUCAGCCAAGGGGAGGCCAGAAACAUGGCCAUGGAUCUUUGUCGCCAGGAUGCCACAUGUGACUUCUACUUCAGCAUCGACUCGGACGUGAUGCUCACCAAUGCACAGACUCUGAAGCUCCUCAUCGAGCAGAACAGGAAGAUCAUCGGUCCCCUCGUCACUCGCCACAACAAGCUGUGGUCCAACUUCUGGGGCGCGUUGAGUCUGGAUGGUUAUUACGCCCGCUCGGAAGAUUAUGUUGACAUUGUGCAGAGAAAACGAGUGGGUGUGUGGAACAUUCCUUACAUGGCGCAUAUCUACCUGGUCAAGGGUGAUGUUCUAAGAAAGGAGUUGAAAGAAAGAAACUACUUUGUUCUUGAGAAACUGGACCCCGAUAUGGCAAUGUGUAAACAUACCAGAGAUGUGACCAGUCAGAGAGAAAAAGAGUCCCCUUCUCCGGAAUCAUUCCAUAUGCUCAGGCCCCCAAAGGGAGUCUUCAUGUACUUAACAAACCGCCAGGACUUUGGAAGGCUCCUUUCCGUGGCCAAUUAUAACACUUCUCAUUAUAACAGUGACUUGUGGCAGAUAUUCGAAAACCCCCUGGACUGGAAGGAGAAGUACAUCGAUCCAAACUACAUGAAAAUUUUCACUGAAAACUAUUUGGAAGAGCCUUGUCCAGAUGUGUUUUGGUUCCCGGUCUUCACAGAAAAGGCUUGUGAUGAAAUAGUGGAGGAGAUGGAGAACCAUGGCUCGUGGUCCGGUGGCAAGCAUGAGGACAAACGGAUUGCCGGUGGCUAUGAGACAGUCCCGACAGAUGACAUCCACAUGAAGCAAAUCGGAUUUGACAAGGAGUGGCUUCACUUUAUCCGAGAGUUUAUCGCGCCUGUCACGCUAAAGGUUUUCUCCGGAUACUAUACCAAGGGCUACGCACUCAUGAACUUUGUCGUCAAAUAUACUCCAGAGAGACAAUCAUACCUCAGGCCCCACCAUGACUCCUCCACCUUCACUAUCAACAUUGCCCUCAAUAACAAAGACAAAGACUUUCAGGGUGGCGGCUGCCGUUUCCAUCGGUACAACUGUUCCGUAGACUCGCCAAGGAAAGGCUGGAGCUUCAUGCACCCAGGACGACUGACUCAUCUCCACGAAGGUCUACCCACCACCAACGGCACACGCUACAUCGCUGUGUCCUUCAUCGAUCCUUAAAAAAAACUGGCCUUCUUUUGUGCCUCUAUGUUUUUGUAGCUAUGCAUUUUUUGAAGCUAUUUGCUUUAAAAAGUUUAGUGAAUGCAUGAAGCCAAUCUCUGUCAGACAGAGUGUUGACUGGAAAUGGGAAGUGCGUAUGUGGUGAAUUGUCACAUUAAGUACACAAAAGUCAUUUUGCUAGCAGGGUACACCGAUAAUUCUUUUGGUGAUGAAAGCGAGUCAAAGUGUUUGUGGUUCAACCAUCUAUUUUCAUAUUUUGCACGGCAGGAAUAUAAAACAGAUUAACAGAACUCGACGUGAGUUUUAUCUAAACUGUUUGACUUAAGGUCUUUCACCUGGCUCUUGAACAUUCAUCUUCAUUUUCAAAACUAAAUCUGAGAAAAAAAAAUGUGUGAAUGGAUUUUACAACUCAGAAAAUUGCCUUGUUAAUUUAUUGCCAAAAUGUAAUAAAAAUCUAACAGAUUUGA